AUGGACAACACACCAACGGCACUGUUCGAGUCGUAUGAAGCGGACUUUAAGCAUACGCUCGAAGGUCUCAAGGAAAAGCUGGAAACGGCUGGAACGGGAGAGCAGCGAAAGUCUGCGGUUCGAAGGGCGAUGAUUGAUAUUGAAGAAGGAGAAGAGUUGAUCUCGCAGAUGGAGGUAGAGAUUCAGGGCAUGCCGCAGUCGAUUCGUCCUCAAUAUACGAACCGGGUGAGGGCAUGCAAGACGGACUUGAACAGAUGGAGAACCACUGCGAAAGAGGUCCAGCAAGCGUCGACGCGGGAUGCGCUCUUGGGCGGAAUCUCACGUGCAGAUGAUCCCUAUGGUACGAUUGAUGAAGGGAGCGCGUCAGAUCGUACGCGGUUGCUCGCCGGGACACAGUCGCUUGCAGACAGUACCAAACGGCUGCAGGACAGUCAACGGAUCGCACUCGAGACAGAGGAGCUUGGAGGAGAUAUCCUGCGCAGUCUGCGUGUGCAACGGGAGCAGAUUGAGCAUUCUCGAGAGAUGCUGGGCGGGGCCGAGCAGAAUGUGGACCGGGCGAGCAGGACGCUCAAGGGGAUGGUCAUUGCCCUCUCGGACGUUUUCAUUUCGCCGCUCGAAGACAUUUAUUUCGUCACCGAGCUCCUAGGAACCGAUCUUCACCGUCUCUUGACCUCUCGGCCACUGGAAAAGCAGUUUAUCCAAUAUUUUUUGUACCAGAUCCUCCGAGGGCUCAAAUACGUCCACUCUGCUGGCGUCGUCCACCGUGAUCUCAAGCCAUCCAACAUUCUCGUCAACGAAAACUGCGACUUGAAGAUUUGCGACUUUGGUCUAGCACGUAUACAGGACCCGCAGAUGACGGGAUAUGUCUCGACGCGCUACUACCGUGCGCCAGAGAUUAUGCUCACCUGGCAAAAGUAUGACGUCGCCGUCGACAUCUGGAGCACUGGAUGCAUCUUUGCAGAGAUGCUUGAGGGCAAACCACUGUUCCCCGGAAAAGACCACGUCCAUCAAUUCUCCAUUAUUACUGAACUCUUGGGCACGCCUCCGGACGACGUGAUUGCAACGAUUUGCUCUGAGAAUACCCUCCGUUUCGUCCAAUCGCUACCCAAGCGGGAGCGCGUUCCAUUUACGCAAAAAUUCAAGACAAACGACCCAGCUGCGUUGGAUUUGUUGGAGAAGAUGCUCGUGUUUGAUCCCCGCAAGCGCAUCACGGCCACUGAAUCCCUCGCGCAAGAGUAUGUUGCGCCAUACCACGACCCAACAGAUGAGCCAGAGGCCAAGGAACAGUUUGAUUGGAGUUUCAACGAUGCGGAUCUACCGGUAGAUACCUGGAAAGUGAUGAUGUACAGCGAGAUUCUCGAUUUCCAUCAAGUUGGCGAUACCGAGUCGGAGCAUGCGACUGUACCCCUCACGAGUGGAGAGGUACCUCACGGAGCGGUGGUCGCUCCAAUGCCCGUUGGCGCCCAAUGA